AUGGCACCAUGGGACCUCUCGGCAACCAUCCUCGCAUCUUUCCUGGUCAACCUCGCCCUCGCCUCGCCCGUGCCCGCCGACAAGCGCGGUACCGUUCAGGGCGUUGGAAUUCCCAUGUUUAAUACUGUAAAAUACAUCUUCGAGGUUCAAAAGCCGGCCGCGGGCCAGCCUAAUGCCUACAAGGCCGAGGAAGAUGCCGCCGACCCUGCCGCCGUAUUCGGGGAUAAGAUGACCAAACGGCACACCGUCGAGGGUGUCGGCAUUCCCAUGUCCGAUAUUGUGAAAUACAUCUUCGAGGUUCAGAAGCCGGCCGCGGGCCAGCCUAAUGCCUAUAAGGCCGAGGAAGACGCCGCCGACCCUGCCGCCGUGCUCGGGGACAAAAUGACCAAAGCCUAA